CUUAAAAAAGGAGGUUUUCGAACUAUUGAAUCAGAUGUGGGGGCCACAUACUAUAGACCGAAUGGCAAGCGAACAUUCAACCCAUCUUGCAAGGUUCAACUCACGAUGGCAUUGUCCAACCACAAAAGUCAUCGAUUGCUUUACACAAGACUGGAGAAAAGAAAUAAAUUACGUUUGUGUACCGUUAGGACAGUUAGAUCAAGUGUUUCAUCAUGUAAUAGAAUGUCAGGCAAUAACAACGAUCAUUGUACCGAUUUGGAUUUCAGCACCUUGGUGGCCAAUUAUGUUACAUCAUUCACACUGA